AAAUCAGAAUCAUCUCAUAACAACUCAUAUAAAUAUUAUUCUAUACAAAAAUACAGCAAGCAAUGCACUUCUCCUUGUUCUAUAAAAACAUAGUCCCUAACAACACAACUUCUUUCUCUUAAAAAAUCUCUCUUUUACCCCUUAAUAAUUUCUUUAUUUAUUUUUCUUUGUUCAUACUCUGACAAUGGAAUAUCACAAAGAGAAGAAGAGUGGACCAUGGCUAUCAGUGCCACAAUUUGGACAUUGGGACCAAAAGGGUGUCUACCCUGACUAUUCCAUGGAUUUUUCUAAAAUAAGAGAGAAUAGGAAACAAAACAAGGACAUAUCAAGAGCAAGUUUUGGAAAUGAGAAUGAGCUCAUUUUCUCUACAAAAAAGGAUGAAAAUUCUGUUUACUCUCCUCACAGUAAUCAUCAUUAUUACCAUAAGAACCAAUCUCCAUCUAGGAUGAGGAGGAUUUUGAGAUGUUUCAGCUGCUGUGGGAAAGCUUGAUGUUCAUGGAAUUGAUAUCUUCCAACUUCUUUGUAAUGAAAAUGUGGAAUGUGAUUUCUUCCUAAGUUUUAAUUUUGAGUGACACCAUGAAAUAGGAAAAUGUUAUGAAUUUUGAAAUUGUGGUACAUUUGAGAUUUGAUCUCCUUGUAAUUUGAAUUAGUAUAUCUAACUUUC